AUGGCGGAGCGCGGACAGCAGCCUCCUCCCGCGAAACGGCUGUGCUGCCGGCCGGGCGGCGGCGGCGGCGGCGGGGGCAGCAGCGGCGGCGGAGGAGCGGGUGGCGGCUACAGCUCUACCUGUCGGCCGGGCCCACGGGCGGGCAGUGCGGCUGCCGCGGCGUGCGGGGGCGGCGCGGCACUGGGGUUGCUGCCGCCGGGCAAGACCCAGAGCCCAGAGUCGCUGCUGGACAUCGCGGCGCGCAAGGUGGCGGAGAAGUGGCCGUUUCAGCGCGUGGAGGAGCGCUUUGAGCGCAUCCCGGAGCCGGUGCAGCGCCGCAUCGUCUACUGGUCCUUUCCCCGCAGCGAGCGGGAGAUCUGCAUGUACUCGUCCUUCAAUACCGGCAGCGGCGCCGCAGGCGGCCCCGGCGACGACAGCGGCGGCCCCGCCGGCGCGGGCGGCGGCGCGGGCGGCGCGGGCAGCGGCAGCUCCUCGUCUUCGCCGGCCGCCACCUCAGCCACCGCCGCCGGGGCCGGGGUUGGGGCCCCGUCGGUGGGGGCCGCCGGGACGGCGGACGGCGGCGACGAGACACGGCUGCCCUUCCGCCGGGGCAUCGCGCUGUUGGAGAGCGGCUGCGUCGACAACGUCCUGCAAGUCGGUUUCCACUUGAGUGGCACAGUGACAGAACCUGCAAUACAAUCGGAGCCAGAAACUGUUUGCAACGUGGCCAUCAGCUUUGAUCGUUGCAAGAUUACCUCAGUGACCUGCAGCUGUGGAAACAAGGACAUAUUUUAUUGUGCCCAUGUUGUGGCACUGUCUUUAUACCGCAUCCGCAAGCCAGAUCAGGUCAAAUUGCAUCUUCCCAUUUCAGAGACUCUCUUUCAAAUGAAUAGAGACCAACUACAAAAAUUUGUACAGUAUUUGAUCACAGUGCACCAUACAGAAGUUUUGCCAACUGCUCAAAAAUUAGCAGAUGAAAUUCUAUCCCAGAAUUCAGAGAUUAACCAAGUUCAUGGUGCUCCUGAUCCAACAGCAGGUGCUAGUAUAGAUGAUGAAAACUGCUGGCACUUAGAUGAAGAGCAGGUUCAAGAACAGGUUAAACUGUUCCUUUCCCAGGGCGGGUACCACGGAUCAGGGAAGCAGCUUAAUUUGCUCUUUGCAAAGGUUCGGGAGAUGUUGAAGAUGAGGGACUCUAAUGGGGCCCGCAUGUUGACCUUGAUAACAGAGCAGUUCAUGGCUGACCCUCGUCUGUCACUUUGGAGGCAACAAGGCACUGCGAUGACGGACAAAUAUAGGCAGCUCUGGGAUGAGCUGGGUGCUCUGUGGAUGUGUAUAGUUUUAAAUCCCCACUGCAAGUUGGAACAGAAGUCCAGUUGGCUAAAACAGCUGAAAAAGUGGAACAGUGUUGAUGUCUGUCCAUGGGAAGAUGGAAAUCAUGGCAGUGAAUUACCCAACUUAACCAACGCUCUGCCUCAGGGUGCGAACGCCAACCAAGAUUCAUCGAACAGGCCACAUCGGACAGUGUUCACCCGAGCCAUCGAGGCAUGUGAUCUCCACUGGCAGGAUAGCCACUUGCAGCACAUUAUCAGCAGUGACCUAUACACCAACUACUGUUACCAUGACGACACUGAAAACUCCCUCUUUGACUCCCGUGGGUGGCCCCUCUGGCAUGAACAUGUUCCUACAGCCUGUGCAAGAGUGGACGCAUUACGUUCUCAUGGGUACCCCAGAGAAGCACUGAGACUGGCAAUAGCUAUUGUUAACACGUUAAGACGACAACAACAGAAACAGUUGGAAAUGUUCCGAACUCAAAAAAAAGAGCUGCCCCAUAAAAGCAUGACUGCUAUAACCAAUCUGGAGGGCUGGGUUGGACACCCUCUGGACCCUGUGGGCACUCUUUUCAGCAGCCUUAUGGAAGCCUGCCGCAUGGAUGAUGAAAGCUUCCCUGGAUUCUCCAAUUUCACAGAGAAUAUGGGACAGGGCAAAUCUCUGGAAUACCAGCAUCUGCCUGCACACAAAUUCUUAGAAGAAGGGGAAUCCUAUUUAACACUGGCUGUGGAAGUAGCCCUAAUAGGGCUGGGACAGCAGCGUAUCAUGCCCGACGGGCUGUACACACAAGAGAAGGUUUGCCGGAAUGAGGAACAGCUCAUUUCCAAGCUUCAGGAAAUUGAAUUGGAUGACACACUGGUGAAAAUUUUUCGCAAGCAAGCAGUCUUCCUAUUAGAAGCCGGACCAUAUAGUGGUUUAGGCGAAAUAAUCCAUCGGGAGAGUGUUCCAAUGCACACAUUUGCCAAGUAUCUCUUCACCUCUCUCCUACCUCACGAUGCUGAAUUGGCAUACAAAAUUGCACUGAGAGCAAUGCGGUUACUAGUAUUGGAAUCUACUGCUCCAACAGGAGACCUCACCCGCCCACACCACAUUGCGUCAGUUGUUCCCAACCGAUACCCUCGCUGGUUCACUCUAAGCCACAUAGAAUCCCAGCAGUGUGAGCUGGCAUCCACCAUGCUAACUGCAGCCAAAGGCGAUGUUCGGAGGCUGGAAACAGUAUUAGAAUCCAUCCAGAAAAACAUUCACUCCUCAUCCCACAUCUUCAAGCUUGCCCAGGAUGCAUUUAAAAUAGCAACUCUCAUGGACACUUUACCAGACAUCACUCUUCUGAAAGUGUCUCUGGAGCUGGGCCUGCAGGUUAUGCGAAUGACACUGUCAACCUUAAAUUGGCGACGGCGGGAGAUGGUCAGGUGGCUGGUAACAUGUGCUACUGAAGUGGGUGUUUAUGCCCUGGACAGCAUCAUGCAGAGUUGGUUUACACUUUUUACUCCUACUGAGGCCACAAGUAUAGUUGCAACCACCGUGAUGUCAAACAGCACCAUUGUCCGCCUCCACCUGGACUGCCAUCAGCAGGAAAAGCUGGCCAGCAGUGCCCGGACACUCGCAUUGCAGUGUGCGAUGAAGGACCCUCAGAACUGUGCCCUCUCUGCGCUGACCUUGUGUGAAAAGGAUCACAUAGCCUUUGAGACGGCGUACCAAAUUGUUCUCGACGCUGCUACAACCGGCAUGAGCUACACCCAACUCUUUACGAUAGCACGGUACAUGGAGCACCGCGGGUACCCCAUGAGGGCCUACAAGCUGGCCACCCUGGCUAUGACCCAUCUCAACCUGAGCUACAAUCAGGACACACACCCUGCCAUUAAUGAUGUUUUGUGGGCCUGUGCACUCAGCCACUCCCUUGGUAAAAACGAGCUUGCAGCUAUAAUACCUCUGGUGGUCAAGAGCGUCAAGUGUGCAACGGUACUGUCAGACAUCUUGCGCAGGUGCACUCUGACCACUCCUGGCAUGGUGGGGCUCCAUGGGAGGAGGAACUCUGCUAAGCUCAUGUCCCUGGACAAAGCCCCCUUGAGGCAGCUCUUGGACGCCACGAUCGGAGCCUACAUCAACACAACGCACUCACGACUCACGCACAUCAGUCCUCGGCACUAUAGUGAGUUCAUAGAGUUCCUCAGCAAGGCCCGAGAGACCUUCUUAAUGGCACAUGACGGACACAUUCAGUUUACACAGUUUAUCGACAACCUGAAACAAAUCUACAAAGGCAAAAAGAAACUGAUGAUGUUGGUUCGGGAGAGGUUUGGUUGA